CUGGGUUUGUGCAGAUCAAACACUUCCUGACAUUUUACUGCAAUGGUACCGCUGUUUGUCGACCGGAAAGUUGCAUAAACCUGGGAGUCCUGAAGUGACCCACAUGAAUCCUCAAGCACUUGUCCGAUGUGCAUCUGGGUCGGCUCCGAUUACGCGGAGUCCCUCUUAAAACUCCUUGCAGCCGAUCCGAAGAGAAAGACUAUUGUUUUGGGUCCACCCAUCUGUGGGGGUGGUUCUGCUGCGAAAGUUAGCAAAGUUUUCAAGCUGUCACUGGCUGUCGGCGAGAGGCGGAUGGAGGCACAGGCGUUUGUAAGCAAAGGCGAAGGCCGACUAACAACAACCAGCCCUAGCACGGGGAAUACCUAAACAGCAGUAGAUAACGAUGAGGCUUGACUUGCAGAAAGUAGUUUAAGUGCGCGCUCGAACGCUGGGUCCACGAUGGAGCUCAUUUGAAUUAUCAUUUGGCACCGUGUAAAAAGUGUCAUGUAAACGUAAGCUGUCUGUGCUGGCAAAAUGACCCGUUUGGACUGCAGGCUUCACAUUGCACAUGGAGCUUCUCCCAUCCACUUUUUCAUGGUACUUGUGACCGUGCUGGACAACUGCAAGUCUGGGCUGGGACUACAACGACAACCAGAGAGAUUCCUCCAGGACCUUCCUCCGUAUGAAGUGGUUCACCCCACUAGAGUGAGUGUCACAGGUCACUUCCUGUCCAACUUCCUGUCUCAUCGUGCUCGCCGCAUACAGCGUCGCCAUGUCUCUGGGGAGUCCACGGACCAGGAGAGAGUCUUCUAUCAAUUGUGGCAUGCUGGCCACAGUUUACACUUUAACUUGACUCUCAACCCACAUCUGCUGGCCCCGGGCUUCUUGACAGAGCGCCGGUAUGGCGGCCUCAAAGGGGGAAAGAUCCGCCCCCCUGGAUUUGCCCGGUGCCAUUUCCUGGGUGAAGUGUGGGAUGGAUCGGCUGUCAAAGGGAAUGCAGCGAUAAGCACCUGUGAUGGACUGACAGGACUGUUCAAAUUGUCAAAUGAAGAGUUCUUCAUCCAGCCUCUGGAAAAGCCGCAUGAUGAGCCCUCGGCACUUCAGGCCCAUGCCAUCUUUAAACGCCACGCUUCCGUCCCAUCAUCCUGGAGUCCACUUUUAAAGUCCAUUUCAGGGAAAAAAGCAGUUAAUGGUUCCUGUGGAGUCAAAGAUUCCCAUCACAGUUUGGAAGCGAUUGAGAGAAAGCGGGAAUACUGGGCGCAGCGCCAGGACAGAAAAAAGAGAAGGAUCCAUCGGCGCUCCAUCAGCAAAGAGAAGUGGGUGGAAACACUGGUGGUGGCUGACCCGAAAAUGGUGGAAUACCAUGGCAGCAAAGGUGUCGAAAGCUACAUUCUUGCUGUGAUGAACAUUGUAGCAGGUCUUUUUCAAGAUCCGAGUAUUGGAAACGCCAUCAACAUUGUUAUGGUUCGACUUAUCUUAUUGGAGCAAGAUGAGGUCGACUUAAAGAUUACUCACCAUGCCGACAAUAGCUUGAGUAGCUUUUGCAAGUGGCAGAAACGACUCAACAUGAAGGGAGACGAUCAUCCUCUGCACCACGAUGUCGCCGUUCUCCUCACCAGGAAGGACAUCUGUGCAUCCAUCAACAUGCCGUGUGAAACGCUGGGUUUGUCCCAUGUGGUCGGGAUGUGUCAAUCACAUCGCAGCUGCAGUAUUAGCGAGGACACCGGCCUGCCGCUAGCCUUCACUGUUGCACAUGAGCUGGGUCACAAUUUUGGGAUUCAGCAUGAUGGCAACGGUAACGACUGUGAACCCAUCGGGAAAAAACCUUUCAUCAUGUCUCCGCAGUUGCUAUAUGGGACCUUGCUGCCCAAGUGGUCCAGAUGCAGCCGGCAGUAUAUUACACGCUUCCUUGACCGUGGCUGGGGUUGGUGUCUUGAUGAUGCCCCAGCGAAGGAUACCGUUUCCCAAAGCUUGCUGCUUCCAGGGGUUCUGUACAGUGCGGCCCAUCAAUGCCGGUUGCAGUAUGGAUCUGGAUCCGUGCUAUGCGAUGACAUGGAUAAUGUGUGCAGCACGCUGUGGUGUACUGUGGGAGCAACAUGCCACUCCAAGCUCGACGGUGCUGUGGAUGGAACCACUUGUGGCCAAGAUAAGUGGUGUUUCAGUGGCCAGUGUAUCGCAGCUGGGCAUUACCCAGACAGUGUCAACGGGGCCUGGGGUACGUGGAGUGAAUGGUCGGCCUGUUCAAGAUCGUGUGGGGCAGGAGUUGAGAGUGCACAGCGGGACUGUGAUGACCCAGUCCCCAGGAACAGAGGGAAGUACUGCCUGGGAGAAAGACGGCGGUAUCGCAUCUGUAACACAACACCGUGUCCAAACAACGUGCCCACUUUUAGAGAUAUCCAGUGCAGUCACUUCAACAGUGCACUCUACAAGGGCAAAUUCUAUAAGUGGGUCUCAGUCAUAAGCAGAGUCAGUCCUUGUGAACUCCACUGCCGUCCACUGAAUGAACACUUCUCUGAAAAGAUGCUCGAUGCCGUCACUGAUGGCACCCCGUGCUUUGAAGGCAACAAAAGCCGAGACAUGUGCAUCAAUGGCAUCUGUAAGGAUGUCGGCUGCGACUACGUGAUUGAGUCAAAUGCAGUGGAGGAUCGAUGUGGAGUGUGUCUUGGUAACGGCUCCACCUGCGCAACUGUGAGAAAAACAUUUGAGGAGAGUGCAGGACUGGGUUAUGUGGACAUUGGACUGAUCCCGGAGGGAUCAUGGGACAUCAGGAUUGAGGAGAUGGCCGAUGCUGGAAAUUUCCUAGCGCUCAGAGGUGACGGCCCCAACAAGUAUUAUCUGAAUGGCGGCUGGACUAUUCAAUGGAAUGGCGAGUACAAGGCAGCUGGGGCUGUAUUUACGUAUGAACGAACAGGCCAUCGAGAGAACCUAACCUCACCUGGGCCCACCAUGGAACCACUGUGGAUUCAGCUCCUCUUUCAAGAGACCAAUCCAGGAGUGCGCUAUGAGUACACAAUCAGUCAAAAUAUUUCUGAGAAUAAUAACGGUUCUGCCUCCGUUUUCUUCUGGAAGUGUGGAUCAUGGACUGAAUGUAGUGCCACCUGUGGAACAGGUGUCCAGAGGCAGAUUUUUCACUGUGUGGAAAGAACUAAUGGAAUAGUGGAUGAGUCAUUGUGUGAUCCUUUCACCCGACCUGAUGACAACCAAACCACAUGCAACAAGGAGCCUUGUCCAGCCAUAUGGUGGGUGGGUGAGUGGCAGAAAUGCUCAGCAAGCUGCGGGAGCUCUGGAAUGACUAAAAGGACAGUGAUGUGCAUCCAAGCCAUCAGUGUCGAUGAUCAGAAAGCCUUACCGCCCAGUCAAUGUGAAUCCACGCCAAAACCUGCAUCCGUUUUGUCCUGCAACACAGACACCCCAUGCCCGGCAGAUUGGACCACUGGCAGUUGGUCAAAGUGUUCGCUAACAUGUGGAAGGGGAGUACGUCGGCGUAAUGUGACCUGUUCCAGAAACACCGGCGUGGACUGUGACCUGCAAAAGAAGCCCCUCUCUCUGAGUACCUGUUCAAUCCAAGACUGUCCUCAAGUUGUGGACAAUUUUGGUGAUAUUGACUGGUCUGGAAGUGGAUGGACAAGCGAAGAAGUGUUGAAUGAAAUUAACCUCAUACCUGCAUCCAAACUACCUCCAAAGUACAGUUCCACCAAAGUUCAAUCAAAAAAGAGUGAUCCAAAUGAUGUCAAUAACAUCUUCGAAGACUUCCAUUAUCAUAAUAAGAUAGAAGGUGAAGACAAUACUCCUAAAGUGGAUGACUUCUACUAUGACUACAACUUCAUCAACUUUCAUGAAGAUUUAUCAGAUGAGAAUGCUGGAAUAGAUUCAGGGAACAGUCAGGAACAAGAUUUUCUGCAUGAGGAAGAGCCAACUGGCAGUAUGAGGACCACAACUCUUUCUUUGAAACCUGCAGAACCAGAAAACAUGACUAAAGACACCCUGGAGAACAUUGGAAACUCUGGAAAAGGAGAACCUUCUGGAAAUUUUGAUGACUACCUUGCUGCGGAUUAUCUUCUGCCUGUUCCCACCACUAGGUCACCUCCAGAACAUUCUUCGCAGAGAAAUGGGUACGAUGAGCUCCUUUGGAAUGAAAACAAUAAUGCGAGUUCCCCUUUGAAUGAAACUACCGGAGAGCCUACAAAGAGUAAAAAUGUGGGGCAAGAUACAGACGAGGCUGAAAAUAAUCACAAUUUCACAGGGGAGGAAAAUCACACCGGGGAAUUCACUCCAUCACAUACUGGUUCAAAGCCUGGUAUUCAAGCUGAGGACCGUCACACUGUCACACUGACAGAAAAAUCCAGAGAAGAAGAUGGCUUAAAAUUGCACCAAACUUCCACAAUGUCUCAAUUCGCUACGCCUAAAACUUUAAGGUCUUCAGGAACUGUUGGAGCUUCAGAGUUAAAUCUUACUCCAAGUACCAAUGAAUCACCAGCAUCCUCAGCUGAUUUUCAUCUGGACAAUUUGCACCCAACCCAUCUCACCACGGAAUCGGUUGCCAUUCAAGAUAAUUCUGACAGAGGCGUCAGUACGACCUCACUGCCUCCCUCUGAGAGUUCCACCCUUCUCCUUACCUCAGAUCUUGUCACGUCAGGAAAUCGAAGUGACCCUGAUGACACCAUAUUGUCUGCCGGAACACAGUUGCAGCCGCCUACGAACCGGGAAGGACACAGUCAGCCUCCCCCAGAUCGUUUCCAGCCAGCAACAACGGAACAGAGUCUCACGAAAGCUUCGACUGAAUGGACUGCAGCAGAUUCCUCUUAUACAUCAUCAUUUCCAUUUGAUGACCACGACGACGAUCAAAUCCUAAUUCCCCCGAUCAUAAGAUCGGAUAUUGCAAGUGACCCGGACUCUUCAUACAAUCCCCCACUGGUGAACACCGCGUCCACCGAAGCCAUUACCACACACAAAUCGAAGAAGAGUAUCUCACCAAGCCGGCAUUCUUUUCUUUGGCCACCCCCCCAGACAAUAUCAGAACAAACGCCAGCCGCCACACAAGUGGCAGCCUUUUGGGUCACUGGCAACUGGAGCUCUUGCUCUACAAGCUGUGGUCUGGGUGCCAUCUGGAGGACUUUGACGUGCAGUACUGGCUCCGAGACUGAUUGUGACCCAGGCGAGAGACCCACACCUGCCCAGCGUUGUUAUCUGCGCCCCUGCUCCAUGUGGAAAGUUGGGGAAUGGACUAAGUGCUCCAGGAAUUGUGGGGGUGGCAUAAAAUCUCGAGAAGUCCAGUGUUUCGACAUGCGGGAUCAGAGACCUCUACGACCUUUCCACUGUCGAGCAAUGUCCUCCAGGCCACAAAGUCAAAUGACCUGUAAUCUUCAACCAUGCCUUGACUGGUACACUUCUUCCUGGGGACAGUGUUCAGAGGUUUGUGGAGGUGGAGGACAGCAACGACUUGUCACAUGCCCAGAGGAGGACCUUUGUGACACUGGCCUGAAGCCCAACAACAUUCAGCCAUGUAAUGCUCAGCCUUGCGCUCAAUGGCUAAUUGGAUCCUGGGGACAGUGCUCAGCGACCUGUGGCAGUGGAGUGCAGCGGCGACUCAUCAAGUGUGUGAACACAAAAUCUGAAACAGAACAAGAGGUGUUUCCAUCCCAGUGUGACCAUGAGGUUCAACCGAGGAGCACACAGAAGUGUCACUUGGAUGACUGUCACAAGGAUCCUCCCGGAGAAGUUUGUCUCCGUGAUCGUCUCACGUCCCGCUUCUGUCAGACUCUGCAGUGGUUGGGCCGUUGCCAAUUGCCCAACGUGCGAGCGCAGUGCUGCAAAACCUGCAAGAGACAGCCAGGCCGGACCAGCAGCAUCAGUCACCACUGAGUCGCGAACAAGGCAACCACUCAUUGAUGAAAUGUGGAUUUUUGUCACCUCAAUAGACUACCAGUUUAACUCCGCUGUUCAGUAACGGAGGGAAUGUAAAUAUUUAGGUUCACUUUGUUGAUAAUGCCCAGAAUGGCAAAACGGUCACUGACAAAAGGCUGCAGACGAUGGUGCUCUCCCAUCCAUGUAGCCAGCUUAGAAUAUACAGUAUACAUAUACACACACACACACACACAACUAGAGAAAUGACAUAUCAAUGUUUGUGGUUGGUAGCAGGUACAAUAGAACUGAAUGUAUAAAUUAAAUGUGGACAUUCACAUUUACUGAGGUGCUGACAUUCCAUACGCGUCUGUUUACCAACGCUUCAUUUCUGCACAUACGCAGCGAACGAAAGGUGGCUCGACGUGACAUUCUGUGGUUGCAAGACAAUUGUAGCGGUGCAACAUUCAAAUGUCUUCUCUUGGAUGAUUGGAUUCAUCUCAGUCAUAACCUGCGCAACAGCUGAUUUGACGUCAAAAUGUGUUUCCAAAUUUCGACCUCAUUUAAAACAUCGUCACAGCUGUCCGUAGUGUUCAUUAUCAGUAGCGUUCUCAGUACAAGUGAUAGUGCAAGGUUAAUUCAUGAUCCGCUGUGCACAUUUAAAAUAUUACACCUAAAAACGAUGUUAAAUGGUGCUCAAGGAAAGUACAAGAAUCAUUCAGGGAUGAUGUGAUGAUGACAACAAAUUGAGAAAAUUGGGCUGCAGGACAUUUGGUGCUUUGGACUACGUGGGCGGGCCCGGUGCCUUAAUUAAAAAUUUAAAUACUGUAACUUUCAUAUCGUUCCAGACUUUUGAUAGUAAAUUAAGUGUCACUCAAAUUCAGAUUUGUAUUACCUAGUUACCAGUUAGCCAUCAUACUAGCCCGGGGGUCAGACCCGGUCCGCCGUAUCAUUUGGCAGGGCCCGCGUGAGUAAAUUAUGUGCAUCAAUUUCAUGUUCCUUGCUAAAAUAUCAAAAUCGUCUUCAUUUUUUUUUUUUUAAUGUUGCGAUAUUCUGAGCAUGUUUUUUUUUUACUAAUCCCCCUUUUACGAUAAAUGUAAUAUUUUCACUGGUCUCUGCUUUCAAAACUAGUUAUUAAUCAAUUUGUUGUUUAUGUUGUUUAUUUAUUUGUGAUCACUGACAUCCGAAGGAAACCGACACUCUGAUGUGGCCGAUGACAAAAAUGAGUUUCACACCCCUGACCUUCAUAGAUAUGUCCAGGUCAUAUUACUGUAGGUUUGGGGAAUUAUAUUUUGGUGUGGAUUGGUCUUUUUUCCAUUGAAACGCACCAUGCCACAUUUUUUAGGAAAGUUAGUGUUGUGGGGGUUUUUUUGUUUCUUUUUUUUAAUUUUAACAUAGAUUUUCUGAAACAAAAAUUGGCAACUGCAAACAUCAGACCCAGUUCUCUUUCUGUAAGUUUCUUUUGAAGGUUUUUGAUGCCGCAUAAGAAACCAGAAACACAGAGGUGUGUGUAUUAAUGGCAAAUGAUUGCAGCCUGCCAUAAAUCAAACGUGUUGAAAAGAAAACCACCAGCUAGGAACCCAUAAUUCCGUGAGCGGUAACAUGACUCUAAAUGUAUGUUUUCUAAAUGUACGUAUUUCAUACAUUCACUCUGGAAGGUCACUCUGUUUUGGACUGCAAUUUCAUGCAUUUAUCUGGUGUCAACAACCAGCUGAUGUCACAGGUCAACUAGAAAUACAUCUCAUAUGUCUGUCAGCAGUCAGGUUUUAUUUGUAUUGUAAUUUAAUUUCAUUGUAUUCUGAACAUUAACGGCUACUUAUACUUUAACAUGAACUCUGCAGGUAUAUGUAUCAUCAGUUACUCCAACACGCGCAACCAAAUGAAAUGCAAUUAACUUGAAGCUGUGCUCCACUUUUUCAAGUGGAUUUUCUCAGUCCCGGGAUUGUGAUUUUGUUUUAAAUCAAGGGACCAGUUUUCCAAAAAAAAAUGGUGAUCCUCUGCAAUAAGUCCUUGCCGUGGCGGUCCCUGCACACGUCUCAGGUUAUCUUACAUCUAACGUUGGUGCUGGCAUUAAUGCUCAUAUUAAAAACAGUGUUCGUGUAUAUGUGCUUUGCCUUAUGCUAAAAAAAGGUUCAUUUGUUCCCAGCACAAAAAUCAAGUGGCUUAAAUAUUGCUUGUCAAAAAAUGCAUUGACCUUGGUCAAUUUGUCUUGCCACAGAGGCGUAAACACAAAACCUACUGCAUCUAGUGAGCUGCAUUAAAAGGAAAACAUUUUCCCCACUGCUUCCUUUUUAUUUUUGUGAGUUAUGCAUUUAUGGCAUGACACGUGAUUAUUUGAAUGACAUGCAAAUUACAUAUUUUCUGGUCCAUUUGAUUUUAUAGUAGUGUCGUCUUUGAGAUGACAAGUGUGUAAAUCCAUGCUUGCUGUUGAUCUAAAAAUCUCUGCAGGUCAGACUAAAAUUCCUCUAUUCCAAGGUAAAGUUGAGGCUUUGUCAAAUGUGGCUCUUCUUGCUAUUGACCCUUUUCCACUGGCAAGAUCAGUCAUUACCCGUUGCUUUUUCCAGUUGGUCUACACGCUCAGACACACGUGUACACCAAAUACACCCUUGCUCACAUGAGCGUUCACUGUUAUUGAGAAGUUGUUAGCUUUGACAACUCAGUCUCCAUUUUGCUGUGGCGCCCUGAUUCCCAGCUUUCCUCAGUCUCAGUUUCAAAUCUAAUUUGCAAUCUUAUCGUUGUCAAAUGUAACGUGUUCUCCAUGGGAGUGUGUCUCUGACUAAUGUUUUAAUGAGUCAUGGUUUUCUCAGUUAGCCAUCAUACUAUUCUAAAGAAGAAAAGCAACCAGUGGCUGCAGUGGAAAAGUGCCAUGAAAGUGCUAUUUGGGUGGGGGUGGGGGGGGUGACAGAAAAAAAUGCUUCGAAGAUAAAAAGAGCAAUCACAAUCUUGACAAAAGGGUUCAGAUGAUAGUGUCACAGAGUGUAGUCUGUGGAAAGGUAGAUUGUACAUUCUCGCAUGCAAAUGGAUUACAAAAUAAAACUGCAGAUGAGGGUAUUGCCAAAUGGACCAGUCGUUGAAACAGAUAACACAAAUAGCUGAGAUGUAAACACCAAAGGGAAUCUUCCUCCUUUUCCUGUAAUUAGCGGAGAUUUCCAGGCGUGACCAUCAUGCUGCAAGAUUCACUUACCUGCAAUCUAAUUAGUCCAGUUUUGAUUUCAUACAAUCCACUGAGGUAUUAGAGCAAGGAACACAAUUUGAAAUAAAAUGGAUAUAACAAGCUGACAACCCCCGCUGAAAUUCCAGGUUUCUGCGAAAUGAAAAAAAAAAAUAAUACCGAGCUAAAUAAUUCCAACGUUUUUUGACACCAUGAAUGGUAUAAGCUGCACAAUGCAAAUAGAGGGUGGGGUGGGUGAUGAAAUGUAUUAGGGAGGGGAAGUACUGUAUAAGUUUGCAAGCCCACUUUUAUUUGGGGAUGUGACUGUUUUCAGAAUUCACCAAAGACAUUUAAACUCAUGUUAAAUUGGAGUCAGUGGCUCUAACUCAUCUCAAAUAGUUAGCUGUUCUGUGAGGGCUUUCACGGCAUUUUUGUCGUUACCUCUUUGAGCAGGGAUGGCCAAUUUAAAUGCUGAAGGGGUAGGGGCAGGCACAUUUUUUCUUCAGUGCUAUGUGGGGGCUACACUGGACAAUGCACUUGCGAACCAGAUGUAUGGGGAAAAUGCUACUGUAUUUUAGAUAGACAUAAUACAUGCAGUUGUGCAAAAUACGUGCUCUCCAUAUAAUUAAUUUUUCCUAUUUCUCAGUGUGCAUGUAUAAAAGAUCCAAUAUCCUUACCCAACAACAAUUGGUGUGAAUGACUAUAUAUGUAUGUAUGUAUGUAUACGUAUGCAUGUAUAUAUAUAUAUAUAUGUAUCUAUGGUCAUUGAGGCAUGUGUACUGAAAAAAACCAAGCAUUUUUUAGACAUUCACAUCAAUUGUCUGUGCCUUGCCAUGGUACAUACCGUAUUUUCCGCACUAAAAGGCGCACCUAAAAGCCUUCUAUUUUUUUUCAAAGCUCACAGCCCGCCUUAAAAUCCGAUGCAGCUUGUGUAUGGCCAUUACGGUAAUGUGUCAAGCACAUAAUGACUCCUUGUUAGAGAAAUGUUUACAACGCAGAGCUCAAACUUAAGGCGAUCAGUUUCGCAGUUGAAUAUGGAAAUAGAGCAGCGGCAAGAGAGUUCAACGUUAACGAGUCAAUGUUAUAACUUGCUGUUGGUUAAGUGAACUGUGUCGCUGCUUUAUUAAAUAAGUUUUACUGACA